UUAAAGUGAUCCGGAAAUAAUCGAAAUAAAUUUAAUAAGCUUAAAUUAACAAUAUUCUGUUUAAAUCAUGACUGCUAAUGCAGAUAAAGUGUACAGUUUUAAAACAGAGAACAAAUUCUUAGUCAAGAGUGGCUGCAAAAAGCGCAUGUGGAGAUCUUUGAAACAAAUUCUUACAGCAGAACGAGCUUUACCAUGGCCAAACGAUAUUGUGCUUUAUUAUUCAAUAAAUGCUCCACCAACAUUCAAGCCAACUAAGAAGUACUCAGACAUCUCAGGCCUCCCCGCUCCCUACAUGGACCGCCAUUCCAAACUGUACUACAGCAAUGCGGAGGAAUUUGCAACGGUGAGGAGUUUACCCAUGGAUAUAACUGCUGGCUUCCUGCAGUUAAGAGGAGCGAACACUAUUGUUGGAUAAGGACUAGAUAGAAAAACUGUUGUAAAGACUGUUUUGAUGAAAUUGAAGCGAUACAAAUGUAACAUAAUGUAACAAGGAGUUAGUAAUAAUUAUUACUAAUAAUUAACGAGGUAUUAGUAAUAAUUAGUUUAAAGUUUGAUUUAUUUUUUGGUAUUUUUUGACAUAAAUAUGUAUUGUACUCUAUACUUAUACUAUUAUACUCUUUGAUUGUACUUAUGAAUGUGUGUUGAUAAUAAACAUUUGUAAUACAA